UGAUUUCAAGUAAUUAUCAGACCUGUUUGGGACUCCUGAUGCAUUAUCCACCCAUUGGAGAUGUUCACUCCCUUAUCUUAAGAGCACUUUUUCUCCGAGAUCCAAAGAGAAAUCCAAGGCCAGUGACUCACCAGUUCCAACAGAAUUUAGAUUAUUACAAAGCUCGUGGAGCAGACUUGAUGAACAAAACACGCGCCAGUGCUAAGACUGCCCCACUGAACAUUAACAAAGUCUCCAACAGCUUGCUGAAUUUUGGCCGAAAGCUGAUUGCUCCAGCUAUGGCUUCAGGCGGGGCUGGGACGGCUCCUGCCAGCGGGAGCAGCUUUCCUCCCCCUGCAAUGCCCAUCAGAAGCGCAGUGGAAGCCCCCCAGCACCACCAGCAGCAGCACCAGCAGGCACAGCAGCAGAGGAUGAUGAAGUCUGAAAGCAUGCCUGUUCAGCUGGGCAAAGGCCAAAGUUCAAAAAACAUCAGCUCAUCCCCAAGCAUAGAGAGCUUGCCUGGAGGACGUGAAUUUACAGGAUCUCCCCCUUUGUCUGCAUCAAAAAAGGAUUCCUUUUUCAGUACAAUCUCCCGCUCCCGUUCCCAAAGCAAAACUAUGAGCAGAAAAGAAUCG